AUGGCACUCCCCGAAUACAAGCAAAACUUUCUCAAGGACUGUGUGUCCGCUGGCGCAUUGAAAUUCGGCACCUUCACACUCAAAUCCAAGCGCAUCUCACCCUACUUCUUCAAUGCUGGUCUCUUCCACCGCGCUGACCUGAUCCGAUCGAUAUCGUCUGCCUAUGCACACACACUCCACUCGCACUCCGAGUCCGACUCUUCCUUCCAGUUCGACGUACUCUUCGGCCCCGCAUACAAAGGCAUCCCCCUUGCCGCUACCUCGGUCGACAAGCUUGCCGACCUUGAUCUGCAGAAGUACGGACAGAAGAGCUACAGCUUCAACCGAAAGGAGGCCAAGGAUCAUGGUGAAGGAGGCAACAUUGUGGGCGCAUCACUCAAGGGAAAGAAGAUUGUUAUUGUCGACGAUGUGAUCACUGCAGGCACCGCCAUUCGUGAGGCCAUUGAGAUUAUCAAGAAGGAGGGAGGAGAGCUGGUUGGCAUCGUUGUAGCAUUUGAUCGACUGGAGAAGACGCCCAGUGCGACUGAUGAUGAUGGCACACCGAGGCCAAGUGCCAUCGGCGAAGUCAGGAAGCAGUAUGGAAUCCCGGUGCUCGCCAUCUUGACGCUGGACGAUGUUGUCGAGUACUUGCGGGGAUUGGGCAGUGAAGAUGAUCUGAAGCGACUGGACGAAUAUAGAGCAAAAUACAAAGCCAGUGACUAA